AUGUUUUCCGACGGUCACGGCAAUUCAGGAGCCGCCAGUAGCUCUGAGGAGCAGCAGAUAUCGCACUCAAACGACCUUGCGUCAUCAGACAUUCAAGUUCCACCUGAAGCUCGGUCCAGCUCCAAGUUCGUCACAAAUCUUGAGAUAUGGUCCACAAAGAUACCGGAUUACUACAUUGCGCCAUUCUGCGGCGCCAGUGCGGGUGUGGCCUCUGGGAUUGUCACAUGCCCCCUUGAUGUGAUCAAGACGAAGCUGCAGGCGCAGGGCGGAUUUCUCCGACGAGGCGGCGGAGUCGUUGAGGCGAAAACCCUUUAUCGUGGUAUGCUAGGUACCGGGCGGAUCAUAUGGCGGCAAGAUGGAAUUCGGGGUCUAUAUCAAGGAUUGGGUCCCAUGCUCUUGGGAUAUCUGCCUACCUGGGCCGUAUAUUUGGCUGUCUAUGACCGAUCUCGAGAAUACUUCUACGAAACCACCGAUAGCUGGUGGCUUUCCAGAGGCUAUGCGUCAAUAACAGCAGGUGCUUGCUCUACUAUAGUGACUAAUCCAAUCUGGGUCAUUAAAACGCGGCUUAUGUCACAAAGCCUCAAGUCCAACAGUGAAGGCUACACGGCUCCAUGGCAGUACUCAAGCACUUGGGAUGCAGCCCGCAAAAUGUACAGGACGGAAGGGAUUAGGUCAUUUUAUUCCGGACUGACCCCGGCGUUACUCGGCUUAACGCACGUCGCCAUUCAAUUCCCGCUAUACGAAUACUUGAAGAUGGCCUUUACGGGGUACGGGAUAGGGGAACAUCCUGAUAACGGUGGCUCCCACUGGAUUGGCAUAUCUUGUGCGACAUUUUUAAGCAAAGUCUGUGCCAGCACUUUAACCUACCCGCAUGAAGUGCUACGGACAAGACUUCAGACGCAGCAAAGAACAUCUCCAGCGCCUUCUCCCGAAGGGAUCUCAUUUCGUGGAGGGUUAGAUCACCCACAAGACCGCGGGAGGCCUCCAGGAGCGGCUUCAUCGGACGGCAUGCCCAACCGCCCGCGGUAUACGGGCGUGCUCCGUACAUGUCAGACCAUUCUGAGGGAAGAAGGCUGGCGCGCAUUCUACUCCGGCAUCGGGGUGAAUCUAUUCCGGGCUGUGCCGGCUGCCAUGACCACAAUGCUUACAUACGAGUAUCUCCGUAAGCUGAUCGGUCACUUGCAACAUGAGGGAGAAAUGAAGUUGCGUAUGGCAAAUGAUAGAGAAAGAGCCAUACUGCAGCAGGAUGAGUAA